CCGCUCGCUCAGGGCAUCCGCAACAAGUGGCCGCCGCGCCCUCCCCGGGGAAGUCGCGAGCGCGCAGGGGCGUCCGAAGGAGGCAGUCGAGCCGGGGAGCCCCGGCCGCCCGCGCGGCUCAGCGCCCACCACAGGGGAAUCGGGGCGGUCGGAUGGGGAACCCGCGGCGGCGGCGCGGCGAGCCUCUGGGCGGCCCCGGGGCGCGGGCUCUCCGCAGCGCUGCGCCCGCCGGCCCCGAUCGCGGAUUCUAAGAGCGGCGGCUACGCUCGGCCCCACCCGGAGCCAUCGGGGGUGCCAGGAGGGGACGGAGCGCCCCCUUCUACCCAAGUGCAAGGGCCGCUCCCGGCCGGACAUCGGCCCCGGAGUGUGGGGUAUGCGCAGCUAACGGUCCCGUCCGGCGGGCUUUCCUCGGGCGGAGCGCUCAGGCGGUGCGCCCCAGCGAUGGAGUGUCCCGGGAGACGGCGGGCAUGACGGCGGCAGGAUGGGCGCGAACAAUGGCAAACAGUACGGCAGUGAGGGCAAAGGCAGCUCAAGCAUCUCAUCCGACGUGAGUUCAAGUACAGAUCACACGCCGACCCAAGCCCAGAAGAAUGUGGCUACCAGUGAAGACUCCGACCUGAGCAUGCGCACACUGAGCACGCCCAGCCCAGCACUGAUAUGUCCACCGAACCUGCCGGGAUUUCAGAAUGGAAGGGGCUCGUCCACCUCCUCGUCCUCCAUCACCGGGGAGACGGUGGCCAUGGUCCACUCCCCGCCCCCGACCCGCCUCACGCACCCACUUAUCCGGCUCGCCUCCAGACCCCAGAAGGAGCAGGCCAGCAUAGAGCGGCUCCCAGACCACUCCAUGGUCCAGAUCUUCUCCUUCCUGCCCACCAACCAGUUGUGCCGCUGCGCCCGUGUGUGCCGCCGCUGGUACAACCUGGCCUGGGACCCGCGGCUCUGGAGGACUAUCCGCCUGACGGGCGAGACCAUCAACGUGGACCGCGCCCUCAAGGUGCUGACCCGCAGGCUCUGCCAGGACACACCCAACGUCUGUCUCAUGCUGGAAACCGUAACUGUCAGUGGCUGCCGGCGGCUCACGGACAGAGGGCUCUACACCAUUGCCCAGUGCUGCCCAGAACUGAGGCGGCUGGAAGUCUCGGGCUGUUACAAUAUCUCCAACGAGGCCGUCUUUGACGUGGUGUCCCUCUGCCCCAACCUGGAGCACCUGGACGUGUCAGGGUGCUCCAAAGUGACCUGCAUCAGCUUGACCCGGGAGGCCUCCAUUAAACUGUCCCCCUUGCAUGGCAAACAGAUUUCCAUCCGCUACCUGGACAUGACGGACUGCUUCGUGCUGGAGGACGAGGGUCUGCACACCAUCGCGGCGCACUGCACGCAGCUGACCCACCUGUACCUGCGCCGCUGCGUCCGCCUCACCGACGAGGGCCUACGCUACCUGAUGAUCUACUGCACGUCCAUCAAGGAGCUGAGCGUCAGCGACUGCCGCUUCGUCAGCGACUUUGGCCUCCGGGAGAUCGCCAAACUGGAGUCCCGCCUGCGGUACCUGAGCAUCGCGCACUGCGGCCGGGUCACCGACGUGGGCAUCCGCUAUGUCGCUAAGUACUGCGGCAAGUUGCGCUACCUCAACGCGAGGGGCUGCGAGGGCAUAACGGACCACGGCGUGGAGUACCUCGCCAAGAACUGCACCAAACUCAAGUCUUUGGACAUCGGCAAGUGCCCACUGGUGUCCGACACGGGCCUGGAGUACCUGGCCCUGAACUGCUUCAAUCUCAAGCGGCUCAGCCUCAAGUCCUGCGAGAGCAUCACGGGCCAGGGCCUGCAGAUCGUAGCGGCCAACUGCUUCGACCUCCAGCUGCUCAAUGUCCAGGACUGUGAGGUAUCCGUGGAGGCCCUGCGGUUUGUGAAACGCCACUGCAAGCGCUGCGUCAUCGAGCACACCAACCCUGCCUUCUUCUGAAGGGACAGCUGCCAUCCAGUGCUGUUUGCAUACAAACAUGAACAAAACAAAACAAAUUUUUUUUUUUUUAAAGCAGCAUAUGUAAGCACAGACACCCACUCAUAACAGCUCUUUCUUCCAGGAAGAUUCUUAGGCAUGGGACUUUUAUUUUUCCUCAUUUCUCCCCGGCAACAAAGGUCAUGGAAAGGAAGGAGGCGGGUGGCAGGAGAUUUCUAUUACAGUAAACGGGUUUCUGGCCAGGUCACUUGUAGGCAGUUUGUCUUCUCAUAAAAGAUCUAUCUCAGAAAGCUGAUUGCAGUGUCUCUCUCUAUCUCUCUCCGCCUGGCCACAUCUCCGGGAUCCUACCCCUCCUUCCCUCUUACCCCCCACUUCUCCCUCGCCAACAGCAAUAACAAAUCAUCAGAAUAGUAACGCUCUCCAGACCUUCUCCUCUUCCAACUGCUUGAUUGGCCUACGCCACACUCUUCAACCUCACACCCAAACAAAUUCUUGUUAAAUUCAUGUCACAGCAUCUGGUAUAUACAAAGUACUUCCAAACCUUUUUAAAGAAUCUCUUGCCACAAGAAGCAUGGUGAAGGAGGAGACCUGAAUUCUGCCCCAGCUCUGCCACUCACUAGCUCUGUGACCUUGAGCAAAGCACCUGACCACUCACGAUGGGCUUCAGCUUCCAGCACUAAAUCAGAGGCCAUCCAGCUUGAGGAUGUGCCUCAUGCCCAUUUUAGAAUUGAAGGAACUGAGAUGUCGAUAAGCAGAAACACGUUGGCAUAGAGCGCACGAGGCAUCUACCUCUUCCAAGGGUGUAAAUUCUGUGGAUGCUUUCAAGAGACUCAGAAGUGCCAGUGCCAGUGUCCUGUAUGUCCUGCACUCCAAUCUGAGUGUCACUUCCAUCCCUGUUUGUUUUGGUGGGUGAGUCUCUUGGGCAUCUCCCACCUUGCUUGAUGGAUGGUUUCUGUGCCCACGUACUUUUAGCAUCAGCCCAGUUCACACCGUCGUGAAAUUCCUCGUCACGGCAAAGCCCCCACCCCCGAAUCAAGCUGAUCUUUCUGAAUGUUUUCCAUAGGAGCAAAGACCCUCACAAUUUUUAAUUAAGAAGCGAGGCCCAAGAGAACACAUGUCCUCCAAGGUUUUUUCUAAUCCCUCUCAGUGCACACAUGGCUGCAUCAGGCACAUCUGCCCUGCAGCUGGCAGGAACAGACACCUCGGUUCGUUGUCAUUCAGAUCACAUUCCUACUCUUCUCAUCUAUUUAUUUCUUUGUGCAUCCAGACCUCAUCACAUGAAGCCUGUCGGGGUUAAAUCCUAAGUGUUUAACUGUGCAGAGUGCCACCCUGUGGCUGUCUGCGUGUUCUGUGUCAAAGAAUGCAGGGCACAUGUCCAGGUGUUUUAAAUACUGUUCUCUCAAAAAGUGCCAGAUAAAUGGAAGCAGGAACACACUGAGAAGGCUCAGGUGCUGGUCCACCAACCAGCCCAUGGAAUAGAACAUUAAAAUCAUUGCCAAGUAUGAAUGUUAAAUAGUCCUAUUUGGAUAGAAAUCCAUUUGCUAGCCUCAUUCAUGUGAAAUUGGGAUGCCAGAAGAAAUUCCAUUGCUCAUUUUAUGAAAUUUAGUCGCCUUUUGUUAAUAAACACAUGACCUUUCCAAAUUAUUCUCUGGCCAUGCCCCUCUAUCAGUGUUCAUACGGUUCCUCCAUUUCUCUCUCAAAGGGUCCACCACCCAAAGCCAGAACCCCUGCAUCUCCAAGGCAAGCACGUGGAAUUUGGUUUUCAUCAAGUGUACACACUGCUCGACAACUGCAUUCCCACUGUAGGCUCCCUGCGUUCCUUUGUCUUUUGUCGGGAAGAAGGAGAUAGAGUGAGGUGGUGUCUGCCUAGGGGAUUUCUUUCAUGCGUCAGAUGAAAUACGGUCUCCUUGCCAAUCACCAAGGCCAACACCUUAAUGUGCAAUCAAGGCCAUGGCGGAUAAUGAAUUGUUUGGCUGAGGACAGUCACAGGGUUUAGAACCGUGAAAGUAGGGGAAGGUAGCAUUCUCCUGCACUGUGACUUCUGACCCUGUCUAAAGUUUCAAAAUUUGAGUCACAAAGAAUUGUUCCUAACCCUUUGCGCUCACGUCUUCCAAGUGAGCUGCUUUCAUACUCCCGGAAUGAGAAGGGAGAGCCGAAAUGGCUCCCUGAACCAAGAAGGUGCACCCCAUUCCAAAUAUCUUCUUCAGCACCACCUGACCACGCCACCUAACCUGUCUUCCAAAACAUGAGACAAAGCCGACUUUCGCACUGAUUGCCCAGCAUAUACUGUCUUUCCCAGUUUCUCCCUCUUUUCCAAUCUUCUCUUCCAUUCUGCUUCCCCUUGGGGUGUGAAUCUAUGACAGAGGUCACUGGGGAAACAGCUCAGCAGAUUCUGAGAGACCAAACAAAAGGCCUCACUAGGAAAUUUAUCUGUUUUAAAACAUUGCUUCCUUCCUGCCUCUGCUAAAUUGAAUGCUCAUUGUUUUUUUGUUUUUUUGUUUUUUUUUUAAAUUCUAAUGUUCAAAUCACUGCGUGCUGUAUGACUCUAGAAAGCCUUAAUUUACUACCACCAAGAAAAUAAAGCAAU